GAUUAGUGCCAAAGUCCUUGGCAUGGAGGCAGAGGCUGUAGUUUAGUGCUGUGUCCCUGGUGUGGGGACAGAGGCUGUAGAUUGGUGCCAGUGUCCCUGGCGGGAAGGCAAUGGGCGUGAGUGUCCCCCUCUGCUCAGUAUCACACUGGCGUUCUGGCAGGAGUCCAGUGUUUCUCCAGACUGAGCGAUUAACGUCAGGAUUCCAGUGAAAUGCGAGCAAUCUCCCCGUCCUGCGGCCUUUUUGCACUCUCCUCUCCAGUUUAAGAUUAUGUUGCUUUUAUCUAAAUCUUAAAGGGACCAUCUGUUUCCAAAGGAUAUAAAAGGACCCCGGGGAGAGGCAAUUCUUAGUCUGUCUGAGACUGAAAUCUUGUGACAAAGCCUGUUAACAUUUCCCGUGCCCGGAGAGAAGGCCGUCGCUCAGGGAAUAGGAAACCAGGGGCAGGAUUUAGUCCCCCGUGCUUUGGAAGAGAGGCCGUGCCAUGGAGGAGAGAUAACUAGCCCAAGCCAUGCAGUCUUUUCGGGAAAGGUGUGGUUUCCAUGGCAACCAGCAGAACUACCAACCAACAUCACAGGAGUCAUCACGCCUGGAGAAUUACCGACAUCAAAGUCAGCCGGCACUCAACUGCGAGCGGCACAGGCAGGUGACCAAGAGCUACUAUGCCCACACGUCCUACCAAGGCUACGAAAACAGCGUGGGGGAGAAGUACCCCAGGGGCGACAAGCAGAUCGCCGUUCAGCAGCUGCAAGGAAGGGUGUCUUUUGCCAGCUUCUCGGAGGGUAACGUGUACCCCGGACAUUAUACAGGGGAGGACGGACUACAGAACUGGGGGCAAUCUCAGACUUUGAGUGGGGCCAAAUACGAGGAAAACCUAAUAAAAAAGACACCCGGGGAAGAAAGGGGGUAUCAGGAUCCGCCCGGGCAGAACCCGUUCCGCUCACAUUCGCUGCAUCACCAGCAGCAACAGGCCCUGCCCUAUGCCAAGAUUCCCAGGCAGAAAGUUCAGAACAAUGUUCAGUCCUCUCCUCUAUCCUUUUCCCAAGCCUCCCACUUUAACCAGAGUUUCCCAACGUCAACCUAUUCCACCGUCACAGGGGGAAGCCAAGUCUCCCACACUUAUAAGAGCUGCACCGCCCCCUCCAACCCUCAGCAUGAGCGCACCAUGGCUGCGGCGGGUCAGCGGGUGCAGACGAUGCACGGCUACCAGUCGACUCGAAUGACUCCUUACGAGCAGCCGCAGCUCCACCAUGCUCAGGAGACACUACACUACCAAAAUAUGGCCAAAUACCAACACUACAGUCAACAGAAUCAAACUUACUGCCAAUCAGAAACUCCCAGCCGAACUCCAGAACAAUAUUAUCAGCCUUUUAGUCCCAGUGCCAGCCAUUCACCAGCUCGGUCAGUGGGCAGGUCCCCAUCUUACAGCUCUACUCCCUCUCCUCUGAUGCCAAACCUUGAGAACUUUCAGUAUAACCAACAGCAGCAGCAACAACAGCAUAACACUGGCACAUUUCCUUUAAGCAUGACUGACCACAGUCAUUAUAUGCCUCUUCUAAAUCCGUCACCCACAGGAACGUCCAGUCCUGAGUCACAGAGUAAAAGUCUGCAAAAUGACAAAAUACCAGAGACCUUGCUUUCUGAUCUUAGCCUGCAGAGCCUCACCGCUCUGACGUCCCAAGUGGAAAACAUCUCCAACACCGUGCAACAGCUGCUUCUUUCCAAAAGUGGAGUUCCUCAGAAGAAAGUGAUGAAGACAUCCCCGAGGACCCCUGAGCAAAUAAAGGGGCAACACUGCAGCCCAGAAAGCAACACAUACUCUGCUGAGCAGAUUGGAACUCCUCUAUCCGACGCACUUGGUACCCCUCAGUCUGUGCACACCGAGAUUCCAGAUACAGACUACCUCAGUGGCUCAGAGGACCAACUUGAAAGAAACUAUUUGUACUGCGGUCCAGGCCAAAGCCCGGCGAGGGCCAACAAUCCCAAAAUGAAACCAGAAUCUCUCUCUACUUGCUCUGUAACUUCACCCGAUAAUAUGUCUACAAAGUCAGAUGAUUCUUUUCAAAGUAUUCAGGCCAGCCUUCCUCUGGAGACCUUUGCUAAACUGGUGAGCAGUGAGAGGGAAUGCCCACAUUUACUGGUCAAUGCCCUUUCCCAGGAGGAGCUAUCCACUGAAAUUAUCGCACUCCAAGACGCUAUUGAUAACGAGAAAGCGGAGAAGGCCUGGGUGGACUCCCCUGUCCUCAGUAACCACUCCCCAAAAUCUCCUUUACAUCUCGAAAACAGCUCAGCCUGUGUAGAGACUGCAAUACAAACCUGGUCAGGCCAAGAGAAUGUGGAGGAAUUUCCUGAAGAUCUAAAGAAAAGCAUGACAGAAGAGGCCAAACCAAACCAAGACUCGUGUUACAGCGACAAGUCUUUUGAACGGGAGGAAAUACCCCCAGAGCCAACUGAAGCAACUAAAACUAUUGACAAUUCUGGCAGUUUGUGUUCUGAUAAGAAUAUUCUAGCUGCAACAUCUAGUGCCAGUUAUACCAGCUCCUCUGAUACAUCUGCAAGUACAACUUGUCCAAAGACAAUGGAUCCCUUUGGUUGGCCGGAUAAAAACAUGACUGAAUCAUGCCUAAGGUGGAAAGACUUGGAGCUCAGUCUGCACGAAUCAGACCUUGAAAAAGAUUUAUUUCAGGUCAAGGAUAAUAAAAUUGACUGUCAGCUUGAUGUUCCCGACGUUGAAACUCCUCUAGAAAAUGACUCCGGUGAAGAGUUUAAUAAGGAGGGAGCGGGAGACUUGGCCUACACGGACAUUGGUAAGACUGACAACGAGAAGUGGCUUGAAGAUACUAGAGACUGUUAUACUGAAGAAGACUUUCAAGACAUUCCUGAUAUCCCAUCCCAAAAGGAAUCAAAUCUGGAGCCAGAAGAUUAUUCCUCAUUGUGUGAUUUUUCCGAUAGAAAAUCUUUUAUUUACGACACCUCACCUUCAAAACCAUUAAAAGACAUGGAAAUGGUCUCUUCCAUUAAUACCCCAGAGUCAGUGGAAAACCCAAGCCUUGAGGAAAAAGAAAAUUCAGCUCCAUCUCAGCUCUCUGGUCACUCCAUCAUCCUGCUUGGCCCAGCUGUGGCCACAGAGUCUAAAGUGAAAAGUUGGUUCGAAUCCACCAUAACACACAUUAAAACUGUGGGGGACAUAAAAGAAAAGAAUGAAGAAGACGCCGAAGCCUGUGCACUUGAACCUCUAACCCUCCCAGACAGAGAUAUGAAAGACCUGAAAGUGCAGGAUAAUCAGCUGGAUGUGAAAGCUGAAGAGCCACUCGAGAGGAAGCCUCUUCGCAGUAAAAAGAAUCCAUGCAGAGCAGUAGAAGCGGUUGAGUCUAACAAAGUGGCUCAGAACCCUGUCGGUGAAACAGCUAAGGCAGAUAAUGAGAAAGCACAAGAGGGGGCUGCAAAUACAAUGGUCAUUGUUCCGGUGGCCAAGGCUCCAGUGGCAGAAGCAAAGCCGGCAAGAAUGUGUACCCGAUCUUCAACUGCAAAGGCGGAUCCUCAGGUGAAUGGAGGAGCAGUGGGGCCUCCACCGCUCCAUCAAGAGAAAACCAAUAAAAAGGGUGAGUUCAGUGUAAAGGAAAGAACCUCUUUUAAACCCGGGAGAAGAGGUGGAAAAGCUGUGAUGAAACUGGUGUCUUCUUGUGACAGAAAAAACUUCAUGCUUCAAAGCAAGUCACAGAGCAAGCUCGGCAGUCAGAAAGCUAAAGAAAACAGCAUUAAGCUUCUCAAGGAUGAAAAGUCUAUGAUCCUGAGGUCUCGCAGCAAGAAGCAGGAACUCUUCCAAACCAAAAAGAGGAAAGGAAAGAGAGGAAUGAGCGUGGUUAUUAAAAAGCGGGCAUGCUUGAAGAAAAUCCUGGCUAACAACUGCACAGUUCCGGACACGUACAAGUUGAUUCCGAAGGUAAAACGCAUGAAGCUUGCAAAUGCAGGUGUUCCCAUCAAUGCCAAGGUGUCUGACCGAUGUCUGCAUUCCCUGAAAAGGAAAGCGAAUUUUAUUUCCCCAGUACCGGCCAAAAAAAAGAACCUGAUCUUACGCAGCAAAAAUGUCAAAGAGGAAAAAUCCGAGCCAACGCCUCAUUUAUUCAAGAAGAUUCGGCCAACGAAGAAAGAAAAAGUCAAGUUGACCAUUGCGGCAAAAAAGACAUGCAAGGUCAUCCUAAAAACCCCUGCUGUUCGUGUGACGCCGGAAGUGCGCAUAAAGGUGCCCUCUCGUUCAUCAUAUGCAGGGGCGGUAAAAACAAAAGUUCUGCCUCCCAGGAAGGGCAGAGGCCUGAAACUGGAGGCCAUUGUGCAAAAGAUCACUUCACCGAAUCAGAAGAAGCAAGGGAUUCCGGGUGCUUGCUUUUACAACAGUGUGGCAGCUGGUGACAAUAGCCUGAAUGCGCUAACACCAGGAAAAGAACUGAGAGAGCUUAGUUUAGUCUCUGCAGACAGCGAAACUAGGACGGUAAGUCAAAACAAUGCACUAACGUCAGAACCUGAUCUACAUUCUCUGAGUUGCAGAGGCUCCAACAAUAGGUCCUUAAAAGGAAAACCCUUGCACAGUAAGAAAUUGACCUCCUCUUCCCUCCACUGCACUACCACACACAGAGGGACAGAGCAAGAGGGCAGUUAUAUCAAGGCAAAAAGACUCAGUACAGUUCCAAAGAGGAGAAUCAGAAGAGGUAGGUCCAAGGGUGCCGUGGACAGACCCAAAAACACAUCGAAAAGGCAGAUUGGGGCCUCUCCUUCUGCCCUACUGACAUCUAGAGAUAAGGCUCUUUCAGAAAGUGUCCACCAAACCAACAAGUGCAAAAAGCCUCAGCUCAAGGAGGCUCCCAGUGUUCCCAGUGGGGUGGAAGAAUCCUCCUCUCAAGUCCGUGCCAGGAAAAAAACAAAGUACGCUAGCUUCAACGGCUACACUAAAAGGCAGCGCAAAUGUGCACCCCGAAAUAAGCCCGCAAAGCAAACUACAGGGAGAAAGUGUACAGCGCGGAGGAAGAGUGUCCCACUCGUAAGCCCAAAGGAACCCGAAAUCAAGCUGAAAUAUGUCUCCAAUAAACCAAUGCGGUCAGAAAGUCGGGUCCGACCCUUCUCACCUUACAUUCAAGUGGAGAACAAGAACGAAUACACUACAACCUGCACAGUGAUAAAUACUGCGGUGGAAGAGAACAGGUUGCUGAAGGAGAGAAGCAUCAUGCAUUCAGUUCCUCACUCUGCCUCGUUUGCCAGCUCUGGCACUUUGCCUCUCUCCUCCCGAAUGCAGCUGGGGCCACUAGUGUGCAAGGCAGUGCCCUCUGGCUGCCUCGUCUGCUGCCUUUGUCGGAACCCUGCCAAUUUCAAAGACUUGGGGGACCUUUGUGGGCCUUAUUACCCAAUGGACUCCCUACCUAACAAGAAAGGCAGGCCAAAGGAUAAGUUCAGAAUAGCAGAGGCGCCAGCAGAGAAAGCUGCCAAAGUCUCAGACAGCGUCUGUACAGUGGGUAGUGGGAGGGCACCUUGCUCGGACGUUGGGGAACUUGACCCAAGUAAGCACAACAACCUGCGCACCAGUGCUCGAGGGAUGUUGAGGAAAUUGCCCAGCUGUUACUGCUGCAGCAAAACUGUGGAAAUAGCAGAGACUGAGAAACCAAGGAGACAUCAGUGCAACAAGGCCCUGGAGCCACCAACUCCUGAACUGGAAACCCAGGAGCACUGGGUACAUGAGGCGUGUGCUGUAUGGACCAGUGGGGUUUACCUGGUGGCAGGAAAGCUGUAUGGCAUCAAUGAGGCAAUUCAGAUGGCGGCCGCAGGGCUGUGUCCCAAGUGUCAGAGGCCAGGAGCCACCGUGGGCUGUAGCCACAAGGGAUGCGAGCAGAGCUACCACAUCACGUGCGCCGUGGAAGCAGGGUGCUUACUAAGCGAAGAGAAUUUCUCCUUGCGAUGCCCAAAACACAAGAAACACCUGGUGUAAAUGCCUGCUCCACAACUGUCACCGUCAUCUCACCCCAAGUUCUUUCGUUCACCUCUCAGCACCGUCAUCAUGUUCCAAGCAGGUGAGAGAGGCGCGGAGGGCGGAGCUGUACCUGCUGCAGAGUCAGACUCGGCCGGUGCUUGGGCAGUGCAGGAAGUGUUCCCCCCUGCACAGCAGGCACAGGCUUGGCUUGCAGCGGAUAAGGAACGUCAGCGGUCUCAGAGGGAUUGUGGGUAAUCCCAGAACGGAGACGAGAAGCGGGAGUGGAGCGAUUUCACAGCCAAGGAAACAGUGAUGGCGGAUAGGUACCACAAUGGAAGCUGGCCAAGCCCAGGUUCUGCCAUUUAAAUCUUAUCGUUCUACCUAUGUUUCUGGAGGCCACCUCAAGCCCAGUAUUCUAGUUACGGGCAAACACUUACCAAACCCUGGGUUGGCGAGGCUCAAUACGCAUGCUUCUGCCUG